CUUUGCAAACGUCGGGCUAGUCUGCUUUUCGAUCCGUCGAUAUAUCCCCCAAAAUGGAGUCAGUUAACAGAGCUAUAUAUGUUUUUCUGCUAAUUUCUUUGAUCAUAGUGGAAAGCCCAGCGGCAAUCCCCAAUCGCCGAUCAUAUAUUUUCGAUCGGCAGUUCUGCAUGGAUACGGUCACGGGACGGCCAAUGUACUUAGGAGAGUUCUUUACGAGAGAGGGCCAAUGCGUCCGGGUUCAGUGCCUCGAAUCGCAGCAGCUCUGGGAAGACAGCUGCAAUGUGCCGAAUUUAACAACUGGCGAUUGCAAACCAGUCGAGUCGGAUUUAGCGAGUCCGGAAUAUCCCCGAUGCUGCCCACUGUACGAGUGCAAGACCCACCAGAAAAAUGAGGGUGGAACCAUGGAAAUGACCAAUACCUACGACCAUUACGGAAACCUGCUGAGAUCUCGCAUCACCGAGAUGAUCGUGGUCGGCCAGGUAUCUCAACCUAAGGAGGAUAUUCCUUCAGCACCGGCGCGGAAGUACCAAGUUUAAAGGGGUGUUCUAUAAAUUCCACCUUGUACUCUUAGGAUAACUAGUCUUAAAUGCAGUUGUAACGUGUAAUAUGUAAUGUGUAGUGUGAAAUCGUCGGAAGAAUAAAAAUCAAUAUUAUAGCACAAAAAA